UUUAAAUCCCCAUGUGGACGGUUUGUGUCUCUGCUCAGACGGAGCUUCGUCUGUGGAACAGAAGCCUCCUGCUGACGAGGAGGAUCGUCUCCACCCAGAAAACAAAAACCGUCUCGUUCUUCAACGGAGACAUGAAACACGUUUUAGAAGACGGGAAAGUGGUGAGAUCUCAGUUUGACUCCGUUAGGUCUGUUUGGAUGCUUUGUGUUCACGCUUCACCCGAUCGAACGUGUGUGUUACAGGUGUAUUAUUAUGCCAGUGCACAGAUUACACACACCACCCACCCAAGUGGCCUGGAGAUCCUUCACUUCCCCAACAAGCAGAUCGAGAAGCGACACCCUGGAGGGAGAAGAGAGAUCGUAUUUCCAGACCAGACCAUCAAGUCUUUGGAGCCCGACGGCAGCGAGAGGACGAUCUUCAGCGACGGCACCAUCGUUCUCGUUUCACCGUCCGGUGAGAAGAUGAUCGAUUUCCCCAGCGGUGAGAGAGAAGUCCACACUCCUCAGUUUAAGAGGAGAGAGUAUCCUGACGGGACGGUUCGGACCACCUACCCCGACGGGCGCCAGCAAACCAAGUACACAUCAGGCCGAGUGCGAGAAAAGAUCAGAGUCACUCAAUCUGAAUAAGUGUUUGUGAUCACAUGGGCAGGAAACGUUAUUUUUAAAUGUUUGUCAAGUUCUGUUUGUGUCACACUUGUAUUUCUCCUGAUCAUGCAGCAGCUCUUUCAUCUGAAUAAGUGAUGAACUUAUUAAUGUAGCACGGUUAAGUCUCCGUGAGCGAAAACUGAAUCUGUCAGUGAAAUGAAUUAAAUGUCUUAAACUCCACAAAUAUAAAUGUUGAAAGUUUCUACUCAUUUUACUAAA